CAAUGGCGUCUCAAAACGGUGUGGCGCUGCUGGCGCUUUUCAGUUUUUGCCUGGUCGCAUUGGCGACGGGCAAGGUCGUUAGCUUCACUGCGACCGGACGCCAGUCGCGCUUCGCUUCUGUCAUCAGUAGAAACGAUAAUAUCUCGGACCUGAUUGUGACUCCUCGUCCCCAUGAGCUGCUCAGUGCGGAGGACCUGCCCAAGGCCUGGGACUGGCGCAACGUGGUCGGCCCGAAUUCAGACGUGCGCAACUAUUUAAGCAUUGUUCGCAACCAACAUAUCCCGCAAUACUGUGGCUCAUGCUGGGCUCACGGAGCAAGCAGCGCAUUGGCGGACCGCAUGAACAUUAAGAAACGAGGUGCCUGGCCAGGUGCCUUCCUGUCGGUUCAGAACAUCAUUGACUGCGGCCACGCGGGCAGCUGCAAUGGAGGCGAUGACCGCUUGGUAUACGCGUACGCUGCAAAGCAUGGCAUCCCGCCGGACACAUGCAACCUCUACGUUGCCAAGAACCAGAAGUGCCACGCCAAGGAGCAGUGCUACACCUGCUGGCCGGACGGCAGUUGCAAGGCCGUGUACGACUAUAACCGCCUGGUGGUGUCGGAGUACGGCAGACUGCAUGGAGCGCACGAGAUGAAGGCGGAGAUCUACAAGCGCGGACCCAUUAGCUGCGGCGUUGACGCAACUGACAACAUGGACGCCUAUACCGGUGGCGUGUAUGCCGAGCACAAGCCUCAGCCCUUCAUCAACCACAUUGUCAGCGUGGUCGGCUGGGGCGUGGACGAGGAGGGAGUCGAGUACUGGAUUGUUAGGAACAGCUGGGGUGAGCCGUGGGGCGAGAGUGGCUUCAUGAAGCUGGUGACUUCGGCGUACAAGGAUGGGACGGGCGCGCUGUACAAUCUAGGCAUCGAGACGCAGUGCACCUUUGGUGUGCCCGACAGGUGGGUACCGGCUAAGGAGAUGGGUUUCGGGCCUGGCGACGACGACGAGGAUGAUGACGAUGAUGGCCCGGAGAGCGGCAAGGUGAUCAUCGUUGCGACCGACCCCAAGUCGGGUGGUAACCGGAAGUUCCUUCCCGGCAUGACGCUGCGAAAGAUCGAUGAUCAGUAAAGCGUUCGAACAUCGUUAAGUGCUGCUAGAAUGCCUCCUGUACGUUAAAACGCUGUAUCAUGUCGAGAGUGACGGCACCAUGUAUCGAUAUCAUCAUGUUUUAUUAUGACAGCACUUGCUGUGACUUGGCAGCAGUUGCGUGCGGACAGAGGAGUGUAGGAAGGAGUAAGACUUCUGUAAGUGAAUUUUUCCCUGUGUUUCGACAGCUGAGAGUAUACCAGCACUAUAUAGAACUGAUUGAGCGCUGUGAUGUACUUUCCCCAUGUUUCUUUCGUUGGCACGCUUGUGCUUUGUGGCGUGGUGCUUGCUCACACUGUGUACGGUAUGUGGGCAUUAAGAUUUGGCCGAUAAGGAGAUGUAGUUCCUGUUGGUGAAAGUUGAGCUUUCUGUUACGCAAUACGGGAACUCUUUAUGGUUAUGUACUUCAUGUUCAACUAGGCCUGUACAACCAUGUCAAGUUGCCGUUCGCUUAAGUUGUAACUGUGAAUCAGUAGCUUCAAAUUUCAUUCACACGAAAGCACGCUCUCCACAGUAAGGGUGUUAUACUAUAGCGCUGACUCUAUACCACAACGGAUACAGUAGUCGAGCAUUGGCAGGAGCAGGCAGGCAAAUACCGGUACUUCGUAUGCUUGCUAGUCGUAACUGUUACUGUGAUCAGCUUAACAGCGCGUCUUGCGUGCGUUGUAUGGAUACCGCAAGCGAGGCACAAGACUCUUUACUAGAAUCAACUUACGAGGCUAGCUUUCAGCAACUCGGCAAAUCGGGUAGCUCAGAAGCUGAUGCCGAUGAGCCGCAAGCAAGGCGGAAUGGCAGUCCUCAUGAUCUUUCGCGUCAGCUUGGGCCAGUGGCACCUUCAACAGAGGAGGCCUUGGAAGCUCCUGCUGCUUGCGUAGAAACCACAGUCAUUGAGCCCUCAGCUGCUACUACCGCUGUUGCCGGAGCUGAGCUGAGUGGCCCUGCCGACUUCAGCAGCAGUGAUAUGGACACCGGUAUUUUCCCACCAUCAUCAUUUGAAGCGGCUGCUAAUACUGAUUCGGCUAUGACAGACUCUGUGCCUACAUCAUGCCCAAUCAUUAAGCCUGUUGCGGAGGUGUUUCCGCCUUCGGACUGCGACAGAAACCCCAUGUGCGACAGCUGUGAUACAGCGGGCGGGGCACCGGAUCUUGCCAGCAAUUCCUGUCUACCCGCAACCAGAAGUCCGGCAGCAACAACUACGGCGGAGGGAGCAGGAGUGGACGGCCAUGCCGUCGUAAACAAGCUUGAGCAAGGCAAGGAUGAUGGAGGGGCUCUAAAGGUUGAAUGCCUUGAGCCCCAGGGCCAACUUGACAUUCAGCCCAGCCAACAGCAGCAUGCACAUGCUGAGGAGAUUAUCGAUUCGGCUGGACCCGCUCAGGAGCACGUGGGAGAGGAGACCUUGGAGGUUGACAGCCCAAAGGAGAUCGAGGCCCUGCUGGAGAAGCCGGGAGCGCAGCUUGCGGAGCAGACGGAGCUACUGCAGCCUGAGGAGGACGAGGCGGCAUUUGUAAGUGCCUCCGGAUCCCAGGGUCAAGGCGAACAAGAAGAGCCUGCGCAAUCCUCAGAAGCCGUUGCGGUCACCAUCAGCGAGGGAGAAAGCGCGGCCGUUGUCAAGGACUGCAUAUUUGAGGCGCCGUCAGAGGUGCAGCAGCCUCAGCAGCCCAGCCUAGGUGAGGCAGUGGAUACGGAUGCGUCGUUCGAGGCCGUAGAGCUCGUGGCGAGCGGCAACAACGUAGCGCUUGUGCCAGACACCUCAACGGGCGCAGCUGCACCUGACAUGAGCCCUGAGGAGCCCCUUGCCUCAAGCGCUGAGGCCCCAGUAGCCGGCCUUGCAGACGCUUGGGCUGAUUGCCUCGAGCAGCCAGCCUUUGCGACUGGCAGCGGAGUAGACCUAGCCGCCGUGUCUGGUGCAUGGUCCAACUGCGAGCAGCCCGUCAACGCCGACUCCUCGCCCCUUACCGCUAUCGAGCUGUCCGUGGAGACCACGGCACCUGAGGCUGCCAACGCAGAGCAGCCUGCCUCCUCCGCUUCUGCCACGGAGGAGGAGCAGACGGCGGAAGUGCCAGCGGCUCUGGCUUCAGCUGACAGCAGUGCACACCUGCUGCUGGAUGACUACCGCAUCGCGGCGGCAGCUGGCCUGGUGAGCCCCGAGCUGGCGUCGCUGCUGGGCCUGGCGCCGCCCAUGGCGGGGGCCGCGGAGCCCGCCGGCGGGUUCGAGGAGGUGUCGUUGGCGGGCCGUGACGGUGAAGGCUAUGCGGGCCUCGCACAGGAGGACGAGGAAGAGGAGGAGGACGUCGAGGAGGAUGCGGUGGAGGACGAGGAUGCGGUGCAGCAGGGAGCGCAGACGGAUGAGCCGCCUGCAGCGCUUGUGGAAGGGGCGCAGAUGGAGGCUGUCAGGCAGGCGUCCGCGCAGGAGGCGCUUCUGAACGGAGAUGCUGGAGUCGCGGCGAUGGUUGACAGCUCAAGUGGUGCGGGUGCUGCAGCGGGGGCUGCGGCUCCAGCAACCCUUGCGGCUGCUGCGGUGGCGCCAGGUCAUACAGCAGCGGUGGCGGGCGGCAGGACACCUCAGGUACCUCUGGUGGCAGCAAGCAGGCGCCCUGUGAGGGGGGACCCCUUCGAUGCGGCGGAUACGGACGAGGACGAGCCGGUCAUGAGCACGCGACCGUACAACUUCGAGGAGCCAGACGAUGAGCAGGGACACCAGCUGCAGCAGCAGGCGCCGGCGGCGGGUGCGGCGACAGCUAAUGCACCCCCGCAGAUGCUACCUGCUAACGCUGCGGCGCUAGCGGCUGGGAGCCAAACGGACGGGUGUGCCGCGGGCGUUGCAGCGGUUUCGGGUGUGGGUGUGGCGGCGGCGGCAGCGGGUGUAGCCGUCGGCGCCGCAGCGAUGGCAGGCCGCGGAACAGCCACGGGUGCACAUCCUGCUGGUCCGCCAGCUGCACCCCAGCCGGCGCCCCUGUCUCAGUGGGUCCCGGUACGCGGAGGAAACCAUACUGCGCCCAACGUCCUGGCAAUGGGGCCGCCCCCGCAUGCAAACUACAUGCAAGCGCCCGUCCAAGGUUCGCUUCCGCAGCCGCAAUGGGGCCCUCAGCCCCCAUCCGGUCCGCUUCCCGGCGGGGCCCCAGCCUCCCCGGCCAGUCGUAUGCUGCCCACCAGCAUGCCUCCAAGCGGCUCCCCGGCCUCAGCACCUGGACCCGGACCCCGGCCGCAGUUCCCAUUGCAGCAGCACCCGCAGCAGCCGCCACAAAUGCCCCCUGGCGCUAUGCCGUCGCAGCCGCCGCCGCCGGGCUCCACGCGGCUUAUCGUUGGAGGCCCUAACUCGGGCCCUGCUCCCGCUGGUCACAUGGGGCCUCCUCAGCAUGGUCAAGGACCUCUGCAAGCCCGCGGUGCUCCGCAGCCCAUGCAGCACCCGAAUGGCCCAGUGCCUCCCGACAUGCGGCCGCCGGGGCCUCCCCAAGCUAUGAUGCAGCCGGGACCUGGCGGCAUGGCGCCACGCCCGGGCAUGCCCCACCCGGGGGCCCCCAACGGAGCGGCGGGACCUGGGUACGCACCUGGACCUGUUCCCGGACCGUUCGGCGGCCCUGGGGUAAGGCCGCCUAACGUCGGGCCGAAUGCGCCGAUGGCCAUGCGGGGACCUGGCGGGCAGCCCCUGCCAUUCAGGCCGCCGGGUCCCCCCGGCGCCCCGGGGUUCGGAGGACCCCGGCCGCCCAUGCCGCCCGGCCCCCCUCCGCCUCCCAGCCCCUACCCUGGUCUGCUGUACUCGGAGGGUCGCGACACGCUGGGGCGGCCCGUGGUGGUGCUGAACACCGCCAUGCUGCCCUCCAAGGCUAAGAAGGCGGACGUGCUGCAGUACGUGUUGCAACAGCUGCGGCCGCUGGUGGAGAGGGAGUACGUGCUGGUGGUGCUGAGUCUGGCGCUGGGCGUGAAGGCGGGCUCCGUGUCCUCCGCCUGGGCACUGGGUGCGUACCGCUCGCUGGCCAAGCCAUACCGGAAGAACGUGAAGCACAUUGUGCUGGUGCAACCCAGCGCCUGGGCUCGUGCGCUGUUGGCGCUGGCACAGCCCUUCGUGAGCAAGAAGGCAGCGCACAAGGUCAAGAAGGUGGACAACCUGGUCCAGAUCGCGGAGGCCACGGGCGGCGAGGUCAAGCUGGAGAGCCUGGGUUCGCGUUUCGUGCGGGAGAUUCAGUACGGCCUGGGGGCGUCCCCGCUGGCGGGACUGGCCCCGCCGCCGCCCGGCCCGCCCGCCGCAGGCCCCCCGCAGCAGCGGCCGCCGUUUCCGGGCCCACCGGGCGGACAUCCGGCUGGGGUGCGGCCGCCGCCCCCGCACCUGAUGAUGGGGCCCGGGGGCCUGGUGGUGCCUCACCCCGGUCUGCACCCGCAUGGGGGGCACCCCAUGGCGCCGCACCAGCACGCCGGCCCACGACCGCCCCCGGGCAGCGGCGCCUCAACCCCCGUGUACGGCCCCGGAGGUCCGGGGCGCGUGUCAGGACCGCCGCCGCCUCAGCCGCAGUUCGCAGCGCCUCCGAACGGCCCCAUGCCCGCAUUCGGUCCGGGCGGCGGGCAAGGUGCGCCCAUGCAGGGCGGCUUCCCGCAGCAGGCUGGGCCCUACAUGGCACCGCCUGGCAUGCCCCGCCAAGGCGAUGCAAUGCGGAUGCCUCAGUAGAGCGAGGUGGCGAGGGCAGAGAAUCCAGAGAUAGUGGAAUGAACGCAGCUUGGAGUAAGAUUGCAGGCCUGGUUAAACCAGACAUCCGUUAACGUGCUUAGUGGCCACAUGCCAACAUGAGCGUGGUAGGCAUGGCUUUCAUGGCAAAGUAGUACGUGCUUAGGUGAGCGCGCGUGUGUGCAGCAAUUCAUGCAGUGAGCGGCAUUGGCUUUGCGAUAACGUUUAAAGUGUUUUUCACAUUUCUAAGUGAUCAUUAGGAUGUGUGGCGUAGGGUGUGUGACGUGUGCCGCGCAGGUGCCAUGGAACGUGAGUGGUGGUGGUAGUGGCGGUAGUGGUGGUGUGUUUUGGGGCCUUAACCCUUGCCUAGUUACAGUAGCUUAUUCCCGACAAGCCAUUCUUACCUAGUACGUGGUCUUUAGACAGCUGUAGGCGUGAUUCAUCAAGCGGUAUAGCCGGGCAAAGCGGCAAAACGAUACCUUCAUUCUUAUUGUAGUGGCGCGUCUUAACAACAACUCCCCUCCUGCCGUACGUCUCAUCAACACGUCGUACAUCCCAUUCGUGUUACGUCAGG